GAAAGCUCCCAGAAAAAGGCGCCAACCCCGCGCCAUAAUUGCAACCGACAUUAUUAUUUUCUGUUGCAAAAAUGACCGUUGCAAAAUAUUUCUGUUGCAAACAAAAUUUCUGUUGCAAUAGUGCAACGGAAAAAUGUCUAUUGCAAUAUUUCUGUUGCAAAUAUGAGAUUUUCUUGUGGUGCCUCCUUCCAACGCGUCAAGCCACAGCCGGCGACGGCCAAGCUUUUGGCUAACACAAAAAAGCUCUCUCAAGGGGCCGUCGAGAUUAGGACGGUGGUCACCGAGGAGUCCCUGGCGAAGCUCGGAUUCAAGUUCGUCAAAGAUGAACGUCACCAUCAGCCGACCUUGCUAAGGGACAUCCUGGGGAGGAACGCCGAUUCAGGUCCCUUCGUCGAGCUAAAAGAGGAUACAGAAGGCGACAUGGAUCAAUAUCAGUUGCCGUGCUGCCUCACUCUGGGAGACCAGAAGAAGAAAAGAAAGCGGGACGCAGCUUCCCAUGACGAGCUGCAUCGCCCAUCCUUGAGCCACGAGGCCUCCCUUGGAGUGUGGGAGCUUACCCGUCGAGCGACCGUCCAUCAGUCCUCCCUGGACGAGGUGAGGAAGCCGUCUGUGACCGAGAAGAAAAAACAGCAAGACAAGGUCGAUCGUCUCGCCAAGGAGCUGGUGAAGGGAGGGCAUCUGAACUCCAACCUUCAAUGCCGUGUUAGGUAGCUCGAGAGGGAAAAUCGCGACCUCCAACGGGUGAAGAGCAACCAGCAAGCUCGAGCCACUCACCUAGAGGAUGAGAAGGUUUCACUAUAUUCUGAAGUGGCAUCGAUUUCUGCCCGAGUGGCUGCUAGAGGCCGAGAAGGGCGACCUGGUUUGUCGUCUUGAGGAGGCAGUCGAGACCUUCAAGGCUUCUCUAGAAUCCCGUGCAACCUCCAUGGAGUAGAUGGACAAGCUAGUUGCCUCGUGG